CGUGGUGCGUCCUCUCCCACCCACGUGAAUCGCCCCUGAACGCCACACUCGGCGCCAUUGAAGGCAAUCCAAAACAGCAACCAGCCUCGACGGUGUAGUGUCCGCGCUAUGUGAACGAAAAAAGACGACUGGAUUUCACCAUGAUGCUGCCAUGUUGCUCCAUUGCCUCGCUGCUCUUGAUCUUCCUUCCACAUGCCUGUCAGGGAGGGAACAUCCUAGUUUUUCCAGGCGAGGGCAGCCACUGGGUGAACAUGAACAUCCUCAUGCGAGAGUUGCACUCGCACGGGCACAACCUGACCAUCGUACGACCCAGCAAGGCGUGGUACGUUAAGGAAGACGCCUCCUACUACGACACCAUCACUGUGCCCGUGGAAAGGAGCUUGGACAAAGACUUCAUCACCGGCCUGAUUGAUGAGGCCAUCGAGAAUGAAAGGGGCUCGCAGCCCCUGGUGUCGUUUCUCCACAUGAGUGUAGGAAUGGUUGGGAUAUUCUUGGAAGCCCACAAGACGGUGGCUGAAUUUGCCACAGCGAUUCUCGAUAACCAAGACUUAACGAGGAGACUGAAGGACAGCAAGUUUGACCUGGUUCUCACUGACCCCUGCUGGGGUAGUGGCAUCAUCGUGGCCAAAUAUCUGAACCUCCCUCUGGUGUACAACGUCCGCUGGGUAAUCACCACUGAGGGCCACAUGGCCAUCGCGCCAUCACCCCUUUCUUACAUUCCCAUCACAGGAACGGGUAAUAGCAACAAAAUGACAUUUUUUCAAAGAUUCAAAAACAUGAUUGUGUUUCUAAUCGGCUACGUGCAACAUAACCUGGUCAUCAACAACAUAUACCAGAAAGUAUGCGACAAAUAUCUUGGUCCUGAUACCAACAUGCAUCAUCUGCUUCUUUCCGCUGACAUUUGGCUCAUGAGGGCGGACUUUGUCUUUGAGUUUCCUCGCCCCACCAUGCCCAACGUCAUCUACAUGGGAGGCUUCCAAUGUAAACCUGCCAAGCCUCUACCGGACCAACUGGAGGAGUUUGUCGAGAGUUCUGGAGAGCAUGGAGUCAUUUUCAUGUCCCUAGGAACAUUUGUGAGCAAACUCUCUGCCGAUUUGGCCGACAAGAUUGCGGCAGCUUUCGCUAAGCUCCCCCAGAAGGUCAUUUGGAGGUAUAAAGGUGCUAAACCUUCCACACUGGGCAACAACACUCUGCUGGUGGACUGGGUGCCACAGAACGACCUGCUCGGGCAUCCCAAGAUGAAACUCUUCGUGGCUCACGGUGGGACAAAUGGUGUCCAAGAAGCGAUUUACCACGGAGUUCCCGUGGUGGGCAUCCCCCUCUUUUUCGAUCAGCAUGACAACCUGCUGCGACUAACUGAGAGAGGGGCGGCUGUGGUGGUAACUUUGGCCUUGGUGGACAAAGAUGACAACUUCCUAAAGGCUAUACAAGAAGUUCUUGUCAAUCCUGUGUACAGGAACAACAUGCAGAGGUUGUCCAGGCUGCACAGAGAUCUGCCCAUGCCACCUCUCGACAAUGCCCUCUUCUGGAUCGGGUUUGUCAUACGGCACAAAGGCGCGGCACACCUGCAGACCGAGUCCUACAAAUUGCCCUGGUACACCUACUACUCUGUGGACGUGUAUCUGUUCCUGGCUGGAGCUGUGCUGGCUUUGAUUUUAACAGUUGUUAUUGGGAUCAGAUGUUUGUGCUCUGUUUUAUGGCGGACUAAAGUCAAGCACAUGCCACAAACCAGCAAUGGCGGACAAAGGACCAAAAAGCAGUCAGCGGUGAAAAGAAGAUGCUUUUGCCAAAAUGGAUUUUCACAAGAGCCGAAAACGGUAAGCUCAAAAUCGAAAUACGAACUGAACUCUGGCUUUUAUGAACCUUUCCACCCCUAACUUCUAUGCAUUGGAAAACCUCACAGACAUGCCGGCAUCCUCACAUGAGAGGGAUUUUUUAUUUUUUUGCAAAAUGAAUUCAUCUGCUUGUAUUUUUAUUUGCGUUUGGACUGAUGUUGAUGAACUUUUUUGUGAUUAUAGCUUGUGACUUAUUUACUGUUUAAGCUAUUAUCAUGGGAUAUUAUUUAAACAUUUUUUUUGGGGGGGUCACCUUUUUCCUGUCUUUGGUGUUUGCAUGUCUGUUGUUAGACCACUGUUGUGCUUGUAGCAGAACACUACAAAUACACUGGUUUUCAUAUUUUGAAAAAAAAAUUGGAUCGCUUGUUGAUUAAAUAAAUAGCCUCUGUGUUAUUGAAAUUAUGAAUCCCUUAGGAAAUAAUAUAAAUGGACGAAUACAAGUGAAACUGUUUGCAUACUAAUAAAAUGUGGCUAAUCCCAAUUGGUAUUAACUGUACAAUGCUUCAAGUCAAAAUGUACCAUUUACAACUGUCAAACAAGUAUAAAAAGUUAACUGAAUAAAAUAAAAUGUACAAAAU